AUGGACUCUAGCGAGACUAGCACUGCCUCUGAUUCCUCUAAGCAGCUAGGUCAUUCCACUGGAGAGGAUGGGAGGAUGAACACGCCGACAGAAGAGGUCGGCAGAGGUGGAGGGAGAGAGAGGGAAAACUCUGAGGGACACAUAAAAGCUUAGAUGAGGGAGGGAGGUGGAAAGUUGAGGCUGGAUGUAGCGUUGUAAUAUCUUUCUCCCUAGUUGGCUCCUUGCGAAGCCUGUAGACAGCUCACGCUGUGAGAGCACUUUGACUGUUGUUCUGAAUUGCCCUCCUACGUUGUCUCUUAGCUACUCAGGUUGCCAUGGUAGACGUAUAGCCAGGCUGCAUAUAGGAGUUGGUUCAACAUUAGCUAGCUUGCAGAAUCGGUGGCUAGUCUAUAGGCAUUAGAAUGAGAUAGCAUACAUAGGGCAAGAGUCUCGUUGAACGUCUGAUUAGCUAGUAGGGUUUCAAAAGGCUCCCAUCUCCAAUGCCACGGUAAAUUGUUCUGUGGCUCUUGCCGUCUCUACAAAGUGCAAAUGAAGAGAUAGAGUAAGAGAAAAACUAAAGGAGAACACAUCAAGCCUCCAUUUUGGGCCUUGUUCUUUCUCCCCUUCUGAUUCCCUGUGGUUAUUUGGAAUAAAAGGCUGGUAUCUUUGAUGUGGUAGGGAGAGAUGCAGGCAGGUGGUGAACUGGACACAUUAACGAAGAAAAGGGACCCAGGGGUCUAGACACUAAGGUUUAAAUUCCAUUUAUAGCAGGAUAGACUGUGGUUGCGUCCCAAAUGAUACCCAAUUCCCUAAAUAAUGCCCUACUUUUGACCAGAGCCUUAUGGGGAAGCCCUAAAUAGAGAAUAUGGUGCAAUUAAAUGGCACAAUUUGGGACGCAAGCCAGUGUAUGAGAAGACGAUGUCAGUAAGCUUUGGCCAUGCGAAGAAGUAGAGGAAUCAGUGGAGCAUGCAGUCUCAUCCUCGGUAAAAGCUCAAAGCUAUAGUGAUGUAGAAGUUGACCCCACUGCAAUGACUAUGCUUUGAAACACACACAGACACACACACACACACACACACACACAGGCACCGAUACACACGCACACUCACGCACACACACACACACACACACAGGCACCAAUACGCAUGUGCACACACACACACGCUCCAGUGAACCCUCAUUAACUUCACUGAACCGUACCUAAUGAUUUCAAAAAGCAAAUUCGUACAUAACCGGUGAUUUUGCAGAGGUGCUGCAAUUUACUGAAACCUCUGUCGACUCUGUGAUUUGUCACUGUACUUUGAGAUCUAUUAUUUCAGAGAUGCAUGUUUCGUAGUCAUACAGUGAGGGAAAAAAGUUUUUGAUCCCCUGCUGUUUUUGUACGUUUGCCUACUGACAAAGAAAUGAUCAGUCUAUAAUUUUUAUGGUAGGUUUAUUUGAACAGUGAGAGACAGAAUAACAACAAAAAAAUAAAGAAAAACGCAUGUCAAAAAUGUUAUAAAUUGAUUUGCAUUUUAAUGAGGGAAAUAAGUAUUUGACCCCCUCUCAAUCAGAAAGAUUUCUGGCUCCCAGGUGUCUUUUAUACAGGUAAUGAGCUGAGAUUAGGAGCACACUCUUAAAGGGAGUGCUCCUAAUCUCAGCUUGUUACCUGUAUAAAAGACACCUGUCCAAUCAAUCAGAUUCCAAACACUCCACCAUGGCCAAGACCAAAGAGCUCUCCAAGGAUGUCAGGGACAAUAUUGUAGACCUACACAAGGCUGGAAUGGGCUACAAGACCAUCGCCAAGCAGCUUGGUGAGAAGGUGAAAACAGUUGGUGUGAUUAUUCGCAAAUGGAAGAAACACAAAAGAACUGUCAAUCUCCCUCGGCCUGGGGCUCCAUGCAAGAUCUCACCUCGUGGAGUUGCAAUGAUCAUGAGAACGGUGAGGAAUCCGCCCAGAACUACACGGGAGGAUCUUGUCAAUGAUCUCAAGGCAGCUGGGACCAUAGUCACCAAGAAAACAAUUGGUAACACACUAUGCCAAGAAGGACUGAAAUCCUGCAGCGCCCGCAAAGUCCCCCUGCUCAAGAAAGCACAUAUACAGGGCCGUCUGAAGUUUGCCAAUGAACAUCUGAAUGAUUCAGAGGAGAACAUGGUGAAAGUGUUGUGGUCAGAUGAGACCAAAAUCGAGCUCUUUGGCAUCAACUCAACUCGCCGUGUUUGGAGGAGGAGGAAUGCUGCCUAUGACCCCAAGAACACCAUCCCCACCGUCAAACAUGGAGGUGGAAACAUUAUGCUUUGGGGGUGUUUUUCUGAUAAGGGGACAGGACAACUUCACUGCAUCAAAGGGACGAUGGACGGGGCCAUGUACCGUCAAAUCUUGAAAAUGGGUAGUGGAUGGGUAUUCCAGCAUGACAAUGACUCAAAACACACAGCCAAGGCAACAAAGGAGUGGCUCAAGAAGAAGCACAUUAAGGUCCUGGAGUGGCCUAGCCAGUCUCCAGACCUUAAUCCCAUAGAAAAUCUGUGGAGGGAGCUGAAGGUUCGAGUUGCCAAACGUCAGCCUCGAAACCUUAAUGACUUGGAGAAGAUCUGCAAAGAGGAGUGGAACAAAAUCCCUCCUGAGAUGUGUGCAAACCUGGUGGCCAACUACAAGAAACGUCUGACCUCUGUGAUUGCCAACAAGGGUUUUGCCACCAAGUACUAAGUCAUGUUUUGCAGAGGGGUCAAAUACUUAUUUCCAAAAUCAAUUUAUAACAUUUUUGACAUGUGUUUUUCUGGAUUUUUUGUUGUUGUUAUUCUGUCUCUCACUGUUCAAAUAAACCUACCAUUAAAAUUAUAGACUGAUCAUGUCUUUGUCAGUGGGCAAACGUACAAAAUCAGCAGGGGAUCAAAUACUUUUUUCCCUCACUGUACAUGGAUGGCUAUAGUUUUUGUUUAAAAUGCCCUUUAAUCAUCUUUAAAUAUCGUGGACAGUAAGUGUCAUAACCACAGGAGGAUUGUGGCACCUUAAUUGGGGAGGACGGGCUCGUGGUCACUGAAUCAGUGGAAUGGUAUCAAAUACAUCAAACACAUGGUUUUCCCCUCAGCAGCCUCCUCUGGUCAUAACAUAACAUGUAUGACAUGUCGUUCACAUUAGAUUAUAUGUAAUUUGUUGUAGAAUUUCAAUUUCAAUAUACAGGGUAUUAUAUUGCAACGACAAACAAGGUGACCCCAACUCCUCUUCAGCAACACUGACCAGAUCUUUCAGAAAAGUGUCAGAGUUGACCCCUUCCUUUUAAGGCUAAAACACAGGCAUUAGCAAUGACUCAAACACAGAGACUAGAAUGUGAUUCAUGAGGUAGUAUACUUUAAUAUGAUAUAACAUGAUAUGAUAUAGCAUGAGGCAAUCUCUCCUGUUCUUCUUCAACAGGUGCGUCUGGUGGUGGAGAUGUUGUGGCCUCUCUUCUUGUUCUUCAUCCUCGUCAGGGUGAGAUCAACCAAUCAACCCAUUUAUCAGGGCGAAUGUAAGUAGAACGGUCCCACUUUAAGAAAACUACAACAUAUAAAGGCUUUAUAAAGGAUGUAUAAAGUAUUUUAAAAAUACAUAGAUGCUUCACAAAUCAUCUCAAAACUCACAAAUCAUUAUACUCUAAAUCCCCCAUACUCUACAGGUGGACCGCGGGCCGGAUCUGGGCCCAGAACGGGGUCAAUUUUUGAUCACGGGUCCCGAUUUCUUUCUUUUGGAACUCAGUCGGGCUUCGACCCCUGGUAUCAUAUGAACACACAUAAGAUUGCUUUAAAACUGCUAAAUGUUCUCUCUGCCCCAUGGCAAAAUGUGUAGAAUUGCAGGAAAUUAGCAUUAAAUCUGCAAAAUGUUCUCUCCGCCAACAAGAAGUGUGUGAACAGUUUAAACUGUUUGGGGCACAUGGGUUGUGAGGUGGAGGUUUGUUACUACGCUGAGAAAUGACAAUAUCCAUUCGGACCUUUGCCACCUAGGAUAUUUGUGUGACCGGACCUUCUCAAAUAGUACUUGAGUACCCCUGCUCUAAAGGGUGCAUAUAGAGUGACAUAAUAGCUCCCUCUGUAUGCCAAAAUGUGACAUAAUUCACUACAUAUAUUCCCCCCAAAAUGUCAUCUAAUACACUCCAAUCACAACGUUUCUAAUCAUGAAAUGCAAGCUUGUCAUCACUUCCUUUCUCCAUUUUCUUCUCUAACUUUGUCACCUGAUAAAAAUAGCAAUGUCACCAUGGCCCAGCAAAUGUCCUACCUUCCACUGUGACACACACUGUUCAGUAUCAAUCUCCCUACAAACUCUCAUUAGUAUGGUAUACAUUUUAGGACACCCCUACUCCCUAGAGACAUAAGUAGGGACAUUUGGUAUGGUGAGUAGGGAUGUCCUAAAAUGUAUACCAUACUUGUUGUGAGUUCUCCAAUGAAAUGUCAAAUCCAACUGUCAAUGUGGCCAAGGGCCUAUACAAGAUGGCUGCCGAGUCAGCUGAUUGGUCAGGUGGUCAUCAGCUGACCAUAUUAAGAUGGCUGAGACAGAACAUGCAGACACACUCCAAUCAAUUCACUAAAUGGAAGCCAUCAUCUGAGGAAACUACAGCAAAUAUGGUGGAUAAAUGAAGAUGGCUGUUUACAAUUGAAAAAAAUUGUCAGGUCCGGUCUAUUUAAGGGGGUGGCUCUCCCAUAGACACCAAUGCAAAAGCAGCUGGGUCUGGUCUACUUUGUUCAUUGACUUCCAUUGAAACAGAAACAAUUAGGGAGUGGGAUGUCUCACUUCCUCUUCUAUCUCUGACUGCAGUAUGUAUCUUUGAACAAAGGUGGAGCAUGAGGACUUUUAGGUGCUCAUGUAUGAAAGGAAAUUAUAGCUUAUUUUUCUGGUUCCAGGUCAUUAUCCAAAUAAAGCCAUGCCUUCCUCCGGGGUGCUGCCUUGGCUUCAAGGCAUGAUGUGUAACAUAGACAACCCGUGUGUAAACCAUCCCACGCCAGGAGAAGCACCAGGACAAGUCAAUAACUUCAACAAUUCCAUGUAUGUAGAAGGGCAAACAUUUCAAGCCAUUUCCCUACAGUGACAAUUUCCAAAUGUACUUUAAUUUAUCUUAGUUUGAGUUACAUUAUUCCACCUUGAUAAUGGUAGGUUUUAGUGAUCAGUUGGCCAUUGAUAUUAUUUUAGAAAGGGAGUUAUAACAUAUCUGAAAAAUGUUAUAGCUAUCUUUUAUUUAGCCAUGCAUUGUCUAAGAUUUUUCAUGAAUAAUAUAACUUUUUUCAACCGUCCACUGUCCAACCAGAAUUGCUGGGAUGUUGAUCGAGCUGCAGUCAUUUCUGGCAAACAGAUCCAUCCUAACCAAGGUCCAGAGGCUUUCAGAGGAUGUGAACCAGUGGGCUUUGAUUCUACAGACAUUUAACCCUGCAAACGGUACAGCAUUUCAACUGUAUUCAAAUUGUUCAAACUGUUUUUAGGACCCUGGAAAAUCAUGAGCCCAUUGCAGUGGUGAUCUACUUUGGCACACACACUCAACCGAUCCAGUACCCACUGUUCAAAACUAAGUCUUAAACCAAACCCUGAAUAUCUCAUGAACAAUAAAGCUUUUACAGCCACUGACUAAUGGUUCAGCAGUAAUUGGAACAGUAUAAUACUUUAUCAGACUGACAAUCACUUCACCAUGGAUUUGACCAAGGUCCUCUAUCAACGAGAGUAGCCCAUUCACGAUUUGUUAUUUUCCAACAUCCCUCAAAAAACAAUGACAACUAAUUAUUUAUGAUCCAAUUUUCCGUGUGGAGUGGCAGAUCGUUUAUCAUUAUAAGUUGCUACUUUGCAUUAGGCUCAUUUAGCCUGAUGAUAUUCAAAUUUUCAUAACACACCUAAUUUGCAAAUAGGCAAAAGGGGGCUCGGCCAUUGUUGUGGCUCGCACAAACACCACAACGAAAACCACAUUUGCAUUUUGGGGUUGCGGGCUUCUAAUAUACAAGAUUAAAUCCAUCAGAGAUCUAAGCCACAGCUUAAUUAAUGUGAUACGCUGUCUGAGGCAAGAUGGCGAAAGGUCAUUAACGCAAGUGAGAAGCAGAGGGAUAUCAAAGGGAUAUGGAUGGCAGAGGUGACUGUGUUGUGCUUCUCACCGGAGAUGAUUAAAUAUGUUAGGGUGGGGACUCCAAUCUCGCCCGGCAACCAAGUUCAGUCGGAGGUCAGAGCAUGUUUUGGUUUCGACCUGUUAGCGUAAUUUUGUCCUACCUGAUUGGUGGUGUUACAAUGAUAAUAAAAAAAAAGUAUGAAAAAAAUGAUAUAUGUAUGCACUAACUGUAAAGUCGCUCUGGAUAAGAGCGUCUGCUAAAUGACUAAAAUGUAAAUGUAUAAUGACAGAGGUAGUAGUAAGAGUAUACUAUUAGUAAGAGUAUAGUAUUGUUAAUAAUAUAGUAUUAGUAAGAGUAUAGUGAUAGUAUGAGUAUAGUAUAGUAUUGGGAAGAGUAUAGUAUAGUAUUGUAAGAGUAUAGUAUUGUAAGAGUAUAGCAUUGUAAGAGUAUAGUAUUAGUAAGAGUAGUGUAUUGGUAGGAGUAUUGUAUUGGUAAGAGUAUAGUAUUAGCAAGAGUAUAGCAGUAGUAUGAGUAUAGUAUUAGCAAGAGUAUAGUAUUAGUGAGAGUAUAGUAUUAGUAAGAGUACAGUAUUAGUAAGAGUAUAGUAUUAGUAAGAGUAUAGUAUUAGUAAGAUCAUAGUGAUAGUAAGAGUAUAGUAUUAGUAAGAGUAUAGUAUUAGUAAGAUCAUAUUAUUAUUAAGAGUAUAGUGAUAGUAUGAGUAGCUCUAUCUUGAAUUUUUCUAAGCAUGAAUUCAACAUCAUAGGUACACUGUCAAGUUUUUUUCUACCAUAUUAAAAUUGAUACUCAAAAAAUUCAUUCAUAAGCAAAUUUCAUCAUGUUCUAUUUAUUUACUUGAGAAUACUUAACCGAACCAUGUAGCCUAGUAGCUAAACAUUGUGCAGGAAACUAGUACUGGGAUGUAUUUGGCUUGUGAGCUGCAUCCUUACAUUCUCAUUCAAAGUGGGAGGAUUGCAUUCAACAAUCGAUUGGUUUGGAUUUUGUCGCUUCGAUCAUGUCUAUCAGUGGGAAUAUAUAGCUAGCUGGCUAAUUGUUUUUGUUUGAAUGAUGCAUCCGGACACUGUUCCAGCUUUUUUGUUUCACCUGGCUGCUGGUUCCUGAUCUUUUGAAAACAUCAAUUGAAGAGUCGUUUGAAGCUUGGGCUCGUAGUGAGGACAGUUGGCUACUACUCUAAACUGUGUGUGGUGAGCUUUCUGGCGCCCAGAGCUGCUGAGGCAUCACCCAAGUGGGUACCAUACAUUGUGAAGGAGGAGCAGUCCAGUUGCUACACGAAUCAGGCUGGUUCCCAGAGUAGCCCUCUACAUGAUCAUCACCAGACUCCAUCUUCAUCAACCAUCUCCCUGACCACCUUCCUCUGAUCAAGCCAUGAACUGUCCCUCUCCAUCUUUGGAGGAUGCAUGCACUCAAAGACUUGGCCUCCAUUGGUUGACCUAACUAUAGCUAGGCUACUCAUUAUGAUGUAUUGGUUGACCUAACUAUAGCUAGGCUACUCAUGAUGAUGUAUUGGUUGACCUAACUAUAGCUAGGUUAGUCAUGUUUUUUUCUUCUUUUGAAGCACUUUGAGAUUGUUAUGAAAAGUGCUAUAGAAAUGUGUAAUUUAUUAUUAUCAUCAGCACAAAAUGGCUGCUUAACUGACUGAUACAUGUUUAGCAACGAUGUGCCAGCUCUCACUAAAACAUUUCCACUGUUCGACCCUCCCUCGCUCUCAUCCAUAUUGUAUUGCAACAUUCACCUGGAGAAUACAAUACAAUUGAAAUUCUUAUUCAUCAGUAGUUUAUGACCCAAUGCCCUCCAAAAUGAUGAGUAAACAAAAAAACGAAGCAUAGCAAAGCACUUUGGGAAAUGCUACACCUAAAUACAUCAGUGGGAUGCUGUCAACAAUAACAUGAUAAAGGAACAUCGCCUCUUUCAGAAAUAUCUACCAAUCUGUGAUGUUUGACACUUUUUAGGGAGUAUAUUACAUUCCAUCUUUCAAAAAACUGAUACAGCUCCCUCAAAAAUAGUUUUCACCACAGAUCCAUUCUAAUGUGAAAGCACGACUUGUUCUCUUCUCUCCCUUCAUGUUUAAGGUCAGCUCAUUCCUCUGAGAAGUAUCCUAAAUGACAAUGAAACGUUCACCGCAUAUCUGAAGGAGAACUUGUUCAUGCCAUUGACAGUAGUCAACAGUCUGAUGAACUCAAAUAUUCGCAAGAAUGAGGUGAGUCAGCAUAACGCCACACAUACAUUUUUUUCACGUCAUAGUACUGCAUUCAAAAGAUGUGCAGAAAGGUCCUGAAACAACAAUGCACUCUAAACAAACACAACUUUAUUUGUCUAACUCUGUCUUCUUUUCUCUUAACCCCCUCGCCCACACAACACACAAACACAGACUUUUCAGCCACAGUGCAGUGGCGCUACAGCCAGUUUUGAAAUGCGUUGUUCAAGGGCACAAUGGUUGGAGAUUGCAGUUGGGAUAAGAGACGAGCAGUCCUGCACUUAUUUUAGUACCCAGCUGUAGAUUCAAACCAGGGACCCUCUGACUAGAGGUCUACCUCUUCAACCUCUAGGCUACUACCUACCUCCCCAAAUGAUUGAAAAUAUCACUGAAUGUAUUGCAAGGACAUCAUUUUCAUCUUUGUUCUAGCCCAGCACUAACACACCUGGUUCAACUAAUAAACUAAUCCCCAAGCCGCUGAUUAGUAAAAUCAGGUGUGUUAGCCUUGGGGGUCCCCUCAGUGUGAAUACUUGGGGGUCCCCCAGGAGUUGAUUGAGGAACAUUGCUCUACCUGGCUGAGAGCUUUGUCUUUGUGUUUGGGUGAAAUGCAACUAUAAGUGUGAUCUAUGAGCGGUCCUUCAGAUGUUCCCAAUUGAUACCUUGCCAUGUUCCAACUGAUAUCAGAUGACGUGGAGGAAGACAAUUAUGUGUGCCAGGCUGUACAUGCUUCACUGACAAGGGUGCUUAGAUAGAAUGCACAAUGAUUAGGAGAUCACCAUCUCCUCCACUCACUGUCUAAUGUGUGUGUGGGCCGGGGGAUGUGUGUGUCGUCUGUGCCUGUGCCUGUGAAUGUGCGUUCAUAUGUGUAAAGUACAAAAGUAAAACACCAAGUAGGAAACUGAAUCAGAUAGGUUUCUUUCACUUCUGACACUCAUCAUAUCCUUUAACCAGAUGAUAGGCAUUUCAAGUCAAGACGACCUGAGAAAUACCCUCUGCAAUGGAACAACUCUUGACAGAUACGUGGAAUUCACCAGCGUGUCUGACAAGGAGGCCUUUCAGAAUGUCAGCUGCUCCCUCACAGCACAACAGAUGAGACAAGCCAGGGAAGUUUUCCUAAAAAACCUGGAUACAAGGAAGAUGCUUACCAACGUAAGUAAUUGGAAUUAGUCCUACCACUCACUGCUGUCAAUUUACCUUAAAGCUGGAAUCCUUAAUGGGAUAUUACAAAAAUAAAGAAGUUACUGCAAACAAUUAACACUGUUUCUUCCCCGCUGACAUCAUUGCACACGCGAUAGAACAGCAGAAUAUGCAUACUGCUCGAUGCAAUAACAAAGGUGCUGGGCCGGACAGUGGCACUGUUUCCCGUAAUGCAGAUUCCGUCUUCAAUUGUAUUGUUUGUUUCACUGUGAGAUACAGUACAUGUAAUGAUGCAGCAUUGUAUUUACGUGCUUUUCAUUGACCUUUUCUCUCUUUGGAUCUUAAUUGUUUGAAAUCUAUGUUAGUCACUGCCUCAUGGUUGUGGCAUAUUGGUGAUUCGCAAGUAGUGGCUAUUUCCAGUCCAAGGCAUCCACGUCACCAAGGAGGGAACAAAGGUUAAGGCUAAAUCAGGAGUUCCUACGCUGUAAUCAAUUGGAGCUUGUUACUGUCAAAUUGCAGGCAUAUCUUGUGCAGCUGUAACACUCAACUUAAUACUGCUGUAUAAUAAUACAUAUUUUAGUUAUAUUGAGCUGCAUAGUUUCUAAGAAGCAAAGAAAACAUUAAAUUGGACUUACUUACUUAUUCCUUUUAGCUCGAAGUAAAACAAAGGGCCUCAACGGUGCAUUGAAGUGGAUAUAUACAAUAUUAUACAAUAGAGUGGAGUUGGCAAUCAUUUAGGCUUAUGUUCUAGAUAAUUUUCUCUGGAGUAUUUUCGUUACUGAAUCUUGUAUCUCACUGUCUCCAAUGCGUGAGUUCACUUUUUCAAUCUUGCACCGAACAAAGCAUCCUAAGGUCAAAACUGUCAAAGGCAUUCACCAUCUUAACCUGCUUUGUUUAUUGCACCUUUGAAAAAUGUGAGAGUGUAUCUGUCUCAAUAUGUUGGUGGUAUAACGGUUUGGACGGCUGUGGGGGGAAAAGUAUGUUUGAAUAAAACCCAAGGUGAGAGAUUUUCCCUAAGCCUGAGAAGCUGAGCUUGUUGCUCUAUUAAAGAGGCUGUAUGGAAGUUUAAUUACUAAACUCAUGGAACCACACAAUACUUAGUUUUCGUCUAACAAUAUGCUUUUGCUCAUGGGCGUCCAGUAGUGGUAUCCCUUUUAGUCAAAUGAGGUCAUGUCUGGGCAAUACAGAGCCUUCGGAAAGUAUUCAGACCCCUUGACUUUUUCCACAUUUUGUUACGUUACAGCCUUAUUCUAAAAUGUUUAAUUUAUUUUAUCCUCAGCUUAAUUGAGGUCCACCUGUGGUAAAUUCAAUUGAUUGGACAUGAUUUGGAAAGGCACACACCUGUCUAUAUUAGGUCCCACAGAUGACAGUGCAGGUCAGAGCAAAAACCAAGCCAUGAUGUCGAAGGAAUUGUCCGUAGAGCUCUGAGACAGGAUUGUGUCGAGGCACAGAUCUGGGGAAGCGUAACAAAAAACAUUUCUGCAGCAUGGAAGUUGCCCAAGAACACAUUCUUAAAUGGAAGAAGUUUGGGACCACCAAGACUCUUCCUAGAGCUGGCCGCCCGGCCAAACAGAGCAAUCGGGAGAGAAGGGCCUUGGUCAGGGAGGUGACCAAAAACCAGAUGGUCACUCUUACAGAGCUCUAGAGUUCCUCUGUGGAGAUCGGAUAACCUUUCAGAAGGACAACCAUCUCUGCAGCACUCCACCAAUCAGGCCUUUACGGUAGAGUGGCCAGACAGAAGCCACUCCUCAGUAAAAGGCACAUGACAGCCCGCUUGGAGUUGGCCAAAAGGCACCUGAAGACUCUCAGACCAUGAGAAACAAGAUUUUCUGGUCUGAUGAAAUCAAGAUUCAACUCUUUGGCCUGAAUGCCUAGCGUCACGUCUGGAGGAAACCUGGCACCAUCCCUAUGGUGAAACAUGGUGGUGGCAACAUGCUGUGGGGAUGUUUUUCAACAGCAGGGACUGGGAGACUAGUCAGGAUCGAGGUAAAGAUAAACGGAGCAAAGUACAGAAAGAUCCUUGAUGAAAACUUGCUCGAGAGCACUCAGGACCUCAGAACUCAAUGUUGUUCAAGUUGACUAACACGCUGGAUUUCAGAGCGGGCGCGUUUGGUAGUCUGAACAUGCUACUAUGUGGCAAAGCUCCAGAUCCAAACUCCACAAAUACCACCAUCAAUUUCCCUGCUUCUGGAGCGAUGAGGAAUGACACAGAAAACAGUGAAUCACUGGAUGACGCCAGGAACCGCAGUUCCAGUAAGUAUUGUUAAUAGUGCACAAUACCUUGACCUAUCAAAAUACUGACUUCAAUUGUUGAUAUUUCAGAAAACAAGUACUGUCAUUCAAGGUAAGAGUUUUGGUGUUGUUCUCUAGUGGAUGGCACACUAUGAAGCAGACACAACAUGUUAUAUAUUUGUGACACUAAAUGCUUCUUAUAUUUUUAUUUGAUACCGUUUAUUGUAUUGUCGUAUAGUCACAUCCCAGCAACCCAAAAUUGGUUCUGUGAAAGUUCCCAGAACAUUUUAUUAAAUUGUGGGAAAGGUGUAAGAAACAUUCCCUCCAAAAGUUUUAAUAACACAACAUCUGUCCAGUUGUGUUGACAAUUACACAAUGUUUGUAUUAGGGUGCAAAAAACAUUCCUCUGAUGUUAACGAUAAUGUUAACAGAACAUAUUUCUUUAUGAUCCCAAAACAUUCCAUUAGGUUGUGUCCUAUUGGUUCACCUUCCAAUAGGACAACAACCCUAAGCACACAGCCAAGACAACACAGGAGUGGUUUUGGGAUAAGUCUCUGAAUGUCCAUGAGUGGCUCAACCAGAGCUCGGACUUGAACCCAAUCAGACAUCUCUGGUGAGAGCUGAAAAUAGCUGUGCAGCAACGCUCCCCAUCCAACCUGACAGAGCUUGACAGGAUCUGCAGAGAAGAAUGGGAGAAACUCCCCAAAUACAGGUGUGCCAAGCUUGUAGCGUCAUACCCAAGAAGACUCGAGGCUGUGAUCGCGGCCAAAGGGUGCUUCAACAAAGUACUGAGUAAAUGUCUGAAUACUUAUGUAAAUGCGAUAUUUCAGUUUAGAUUUUUUUAUAAAUGUGCAAAAAUGUUUAAAAACCUGUUUUUGCUUUGUCAUUAUGGGGUAUUGUGUAUAGAUUGAUGAGGGAAAAAACAAUUUAAUCAAUUUUAGAAUAAUGCUGUAAUGUAACAAAAUGUGGAAAAAGUCAAGGGGUCUGAAUACUUUCCGAAUGGACUGUAAGUAGGGACAUUUGGCAUGGUGAGUAGGGAUGUCCUAAAAUGUAUACCGUACUUGUUGUGAGUUCUCCAAUGAGAAUGUUUUAUGGGUCUACUGUAAGUAGCCUAUACCCAGCCAAAGCAGAAAGAUGAAUGUGGACAGAGACCUACUAAAGCAGCACCGCCCCCUCAAGAUUCUGAGACUGCCUGGCAGGGUUGGUCCUACAAAGCCAAAGCCCCUUGAUGGGAGAGCAUAAUAUACAAGGAAAUUCUCAAAGCUGCUAAUGAGAACCUUGACGACCUUGUACCUAGCCAGUUGGGAUUCCGGUGGGGUGCCCCCACCCAGGUAGUGGCAGUGCUGGCAACACUAGUUGCAGUAACUCAUGAGGAGGGGGUCACACUCAGACAUUCAAAGACAUUUGGCCCUGGUGACAUUUGGCCCUAGUGGCACAAAAUAAUCAAAGGUCUGACUGCACAGAGAUCCUUGGGAAAAGGGUCACAACGGGGGACCAGCCUGUGUGUGUUUCAGGGGAAGGGGGUGUAUCUGAUCUCCAUCACCUAGGAAAUGACAAUGGUUAAUCAAAUCUCCUCAUUUUCCCCUUUUUUUGGUUACUACAUGAUUCCAUAUGUGUUAUUUCAUAGUUGUGAUGUCUUCACUAUUAUUCUACAAUGUAGAAAAUAGUCAAAAUAAAGAAAAACACUUGAAUGAGUAGGUGUUCUAAAACUUUUGACCGGUAGUGUAUAUAUUUACAAAACAAUAUAUGGGGGAUUGGAAAUGAUGCUGACAAUUACAUUGAUGGAAGCUACAAUCUAUCUGCAAUAUUAAAGCUGAUCUACCCCUAAAAAUAAAUAAAAGCUUGGGGCAUCAUACCCAAGAAGACUUGAGGCUGUAAUCGCUGCCAAAGGUGCUUCAACAAAACACUGAGUAAAGGGUAUGAAUAGUUAUGUAAAUGUGAUAUUUAUAUUUUUAUAUUUGUAGAAAUUAGCAAACAAUUAUGGGGUAUUGUGCGUAGAUUGAUGAGGAUUUUUUAUUUUUUAUAUAUAUAUAUAUAUAUAUAUAUAUAUAUAUAUAUACACACAUUUAAAAAUAAGGCUGUAACUUAACAAGGGGUCUGAAUACAUUCUGAAGGCACUGUAUAUAUGUCAAUUUAGGGGACCCUUUUUGGCUCAAGAGCAUCAAAGCCAAAAUGUCUGUAUAACAUUUUAAUUGAAGUUUGUACUCUAUUCUUCUCCUAUCAUGGUCUCCAGUGGCCGUGGUAAAGUAAAAACAAUUCCAUUUGUUUGAAUAAGCAUUGAUAUUUCCUGGAUUUCAUUUCAACAUUAUUUCCAGUAGAGGCUACAAAAGAGUGCACAAGUUAUCUUUGAGAGAAAUUGUAUGGGACAGCAAACGCAAUAAAUAAAUGAUAAGGCAAGAAGCAGACAGAGGGGAAAAAAGCCAUUUGAGCAACUUAAGCCCGGAGGCAUUUUCAGUCAUAGAAGAGAAAGCCAGACAAGCUCCGAGCAAAAUGGAGCGGGUAAAAUGCUCUUUCACACUCAGAGAGAUUGGAGUUGGGGAAAGUGUUGAUAACAAAAACAUAAAGAAAGGGACUUAAGAUAGAAAAAAAGAGAGACAGGGUUUAUCGAGACAGCAUUGAGUGGUAGUGGGUGAUUUGGACAUUUGUUGUAGCUUAGCACAGAGCACGAUAGAUAGUGAGGUCAUAGGAGGUGUUGGACAGUAAGGAACUGGUGCUCUCUACUUCUGUCAAACAAUGGUCAAGGUGCACAGUAGGUUAGAGAUGUAUGAAAAUAAGUUGUUUUGACCUUAGAUGAAUUUAAUUGAAAAAACUUUGAUCCCCAGAGGAUUUGUCACCAGCGUAGGAUACAUAGAGUGACAACAGAUAGGUGCCAUUACAGGGUCAGCCAUAGCAGUACAGAGCCCCUGGAGUAAAGUGCUUUGCUCAAGGGCACAUCAACAGAUUUUCACAUAGACGGCUCGGGUAUUUGACUCAGCAACGUUUCGGUUAAUGGCCCAACGCUGUAAUCGCUAGGCUACCUGUCGCCUGAGUACUGAUGGCUGGUGGAACAAGUACAAUACAUGACGUCAAUGGCAUCAGCAGAAUAAAUAUAAUGCAACAUCUUACGAAAUAGUAGUGUUGUCACGAUACCAGAUUUCUGACUUCGAAACCAAUACCAGGUUUAGUAUCAUGAUACCGAAACGAUACUCAAUACCAAAAUGAUAUUCGAUACCGAAACAAUACCACGGCAAAAAAAAUGUGCAUUAGGUAAAGUCAGUGUCACGAACGUUGAGAGACGGGUCAGACCAAGGUGCAGCGUGAAAACCGUACAUGUUUAUUAACUAAAUAAACAUAACACAAAACAAGAAACAACGUAACGUGAAGUCCUCAGGCUAUACACAUACACGCCUAAACGGAAACAAGAUCCCACAAUACACAGUAUGCAAUGGGCUACUUAAGUAUGAUCCCCAAUCAGAGACAAUGAGCGACAGCUGUCUCUGAUUGGGAAUCACACCCGGCCAAACCUAGAAACACAACCUAGCACUGCAACAUAGAAAUAGACUAACUAGAACAUAAACAUAGAAUCUCACGCCCUGACCAAACCAACUAAAGACAACAGGCCUCUUCCUCUCUGCCUCCCCGUUGCGCCCCUGGUCUGGUCUGGACCUCGGCGCGAUGCUUCCCCUCUCCUUCCUCCCACGAUGCACCAAGCCCUGUCUGGACCCUGGUGUGGGAGACCCCGAACCUGGAGAGGGGCUGACGUCUGGGCCUGGAUCGGCAAUCCUCCCGCGAUGCACCAAGCCCUGUCUGGACCCUGGUGUGGGAGACCCCGACCCUGGAGAGGGGCUGACUUCUGGGUCUGGAGUGGAGCCGCUGACCGGAACUGGACUGGACACCGGUGGAGCGGACUGCUCUGGCUCCGGAGUGGAGCAACCGACCGGAGCUGGAUCAGGCACCGGUGGAGCGGACUGCUCUGGCUCCGGAGUGGAGCCGCUGGCCGGAGCUGGAAUGGACCCGGGUGGAGCGGCCUGCUCUGGCUCCGGAGUGGAACCACUGACCGGAGCUGGACUAGGCACUGGUGGAGCGGACUGCUCUGACUCCGGAGUGGAACAGCUGACCGGAGCUGAACUGGACCCCGGUGGAGCGGUCUGCUCUGAUUCUAGAGUGGAGCAAACUUCCGGACCCGUAUCCAUCCCCAUCUCUGGAGCAGGACUAAACGCCGUGCCCAGCCUGGGCACCGACGCAGAGGAAAAUUCCAGCCCUGUAGUAAGACUGGUUGCCGGCCCCAGACUGGGCACCGACACGUUAAGGAGCUCCUGCUCCAAAACGGGACUGUAUGUCAUGCCCACCCUGGGCACCGAUGCAGAGGUGGUUUCCAACCCUGUAGUUGGGCAGGUUGCCGGCCCCAGACCGGGCACCGACACGCUAAAGUCCUCCCUGCAGGGGACCGUCGCUGGAGGUCGGGUGAGUUGUGUGGUUGGAGGAGGUGUAGAAACGCCACCUCUCUCCCAUCGCUCCAAUCUACUCACUACACGCUCCAUUGCGCUGCCGAGAGCCUGGAUCCUGCUUGCCUGCCGUUGGAUACGUUCCUCCAAAGAUCCGGACUGACCGACUGUACCUACUGACUCCAUUUUAGGUGCGUGUUUCUGUCCUGGAACGGGCCGUGUAGGACUGGGAACACGCACCACUGGCUUAGUGCGAGGAGCAGGCACGGCCGUGCCGGACUGGGAACACGCACCACUGGCUUGGUGCGAAGAGCAGGCAUGGGCCGUACCGGACUGGGAACACGUACCACUGGCUUGGUGCGAAGAGCAGGCACGGGCCGUACCGGACUGGGAACACGCACCACUGGCUUGGUGCGAGGAGCAGGCACGGGCCGUACCAGACUGGGAACACGCACCACUGGCUUGGUGCGAGGAGCAGGCACGGGCUGUGCCGGACUGGGAGCACGCACCACUGGCUUGGUGCGAGAAGCAGGCACGGGGCGUACCGGGCUGGGAACUGGCGUUGGAGAUGUACGACUGUUCCAGUCCUUCUCUCUCUGCGCCCAAUCCUCCUCCAGUGAGGACUCCUCUGGGAGCCCCCACGAGUUAGGGAACAGAAACUCAUCGUCGUUGUCAUCCUCCGACUCCUCAGUGUAAAACUGUUCCCAUUCCUGUUCCCAUGGUCGUAGGGACUCCAACUGGAACCCCACCGGGUGCAGUGGUCGGGGCUCUUCUCUCUCGAUCCCCGACCACCCCUUAAGUCCCCCCCCAAAAAAAUAUUGGGGCUGCUUCUCGGGCUUUCUCCGUGACCGAAUCCUUUUGGGUCACCGUUUCUCCUCUCCUGCCUGGUCUUCCUCCUUCGCCCAGGGUCCUCCACCAGCCAAUAUCUCCUCCCAAGUCCAAAAUGACUUCCCCACCUGUGUCCAGGGUGUCUGCUGCUCCUGGGCACACUGCUUGGUCCUUUUGUGGUGGGAUCUUCUGUCACGAACAUUGAGAGAUGGGUCAGACCAAGGUGCAGCGUGAAAACCGUACAUGUUUAUUAACUAAAUAAACAUAACACAAAACAAGAAACAACGUAACGUGAAGUCCUCAGGCUAUACACAUACAUGCCUAAACGGAAACAAGAUCCCACAAUACACAGUAGGCAAUGGGCUACUUAAGUAUGAUCCCCAAUCAGAGACAACGAGCGACAGCUGUCUCUGAUUGGGAAUCACACCCGGCCAAACCUAGAAACACAACCUAGCACUGCAACAUAGAAAUAGACUAACUAGAUCAUAAACAUAGAAUAUAUAACAUAGAAACUCACGCCCUGACCAAACCAACUAAAGACAACAGGCCUCUCAAGGCCAGGGAGUGACAGUCACAGAAUAACCACUGUCACGCCCUGGCUCUGGGGACUCUAGUAUGUUGAGCCAGGGUGUGAGUUUUCAUUAGUUUUUCGUUCUAGGUUAGUAUUUCUAUGUUGGCCAGUGUGGUUCUCAAUCAGAGGCAACAUGUAUCAGCUGUUGCUUGUUGUCUCUGAUUGGGAACCAUACUUAGGCAACCAGUUUUCCCACAGUGUUUGUGGGAUCUUGUUCCUGUUUAGGUUUGUGUCUGAACCGAGGAUGUCACGUUAUCGUUUAUUGUUUUGUUCAUAGUAUUACUCAAAUAAUAAAGAUAUGUUCACCUUCCACGCUGCGCCUUGGUCCUCUGUUCCCGAUGAUCGUGACAACCACUGGGCUUUUUUUAUAUAUAUAUUUUUUUACAUUUAACAAUAAUAUUGAUGACUGGUAGAACAAAUACAAAUAAAUUGAAUAUCUUCUACUCUAUAUUCAAUUUCUUGCAAACAUAAAACACCAUAUUAAAUAACAGCAGAAUACCUUACAUUUUCCUGCUGUGAAACCAUAUCGGAGACUCAGAGCAAACAAAAUAAUUGCACAAUUACAUCUAAACUAUUUAAAAAUGUAAUUUAAUACAUAUCAGGGUUAAUUUGCUCAUCUAUGAUUCAUAAAAUUAGCUUUUUUGUCUUAAUUUAAGGUUAGGAUUAGGCAUAAGGUUAGCAGUGUGGUUACUACAUGAUUCCAUAUGUGUUAUUUCGUAGUUUUGAUGUCUUCACUAUUAUUCUACAAUGUAAAAAAUAAAACAUAUAAAGAAAAACCCUUGAAUGAGUAGGUGUGUCCAAACUUUUGACUGGUAGUGUGUAUAUAUAUAUUUGGUGAUAUUAUGAUAUUAUUUUAUUUAUUUAUUUGUAACAUAAUGGCCUGCUUGGAUGUUAUGAACUCUGAAACAACACAAAUCUGAAGGGGUCAUUUUUGGGCAUUCCUUAAGAAAUUACAGUACCCAUUAAAUCUAGUAAGGCCACUGCCUUAGUAAUCUUUGUGGUUUCUGAGUCCACAAUGAAAUUAGUGUUCUAUUUUUGUAACACCAUUCCAUGCUCUUGCCUCCCUUGGAUACACAGCUGAGAAAUGACACAUAAUGCGAAGAAUAAAGACUGAAACAUCAUACAGUUUACCGAAUGGCUCUACUUAUAAAUCCUUUAAUACGAUACAGCCCGAGACCUCUCUCUCUCUGCCCAUUGACUACUUAGCUGUGAUUUCAAGCUGUUUUACCCAAAAUUGCCUGAGUGAGAUGCCCAUGCUUUUCCAAUCAGCACAUCUUAGCUUCCUUGUGUGUUGCUGCCGAGGGUAAAAUUGAACCAAAAUGAAUGUACUCAGAACUCAAUAAGGGCUGCCUCAAUUGCCGGGAUAAACGGGGAUUCGAGUGACACUUCCUUGAAUUCGUAAACACUCUAUGGCUUAUACUUUCAUAAACACAACAGGUGGAUUAAGAUUCUCUCUCGCUCUCGAUUUGAGAUAUAAUGUUUUUCUCAGUGAAGGUCAACAGGGACUCAUGUUAGCAUACUCCUGACAUAUCGAAAUGAUAGUGUUUAAGGACACGUGCAGUGGCUGGGCUGCCUUGGGCCAUUGUGUUCUAGCCAUCAGAUAUGUGGUAUGGAUAUUAAUCAUAUUCCGUCCAUUUCAUUUAAAACACAUCCACUUAAAACUAUCAGUACACAGUUAGGGAAGAUAUUGUUUUUGGCCAUGUUUGAACUAAGUUACCACAGGCCUCAUGCACCUAAUCAUUUUGAUGGAGAGCACUAUUGGAAAAAUGCUGUGUCUAGGUGUUUUUUUCCAAUGUAACAUAUACUAUACUUAAUAUAGUGUUAUAUAUCCUCAAGCAACCAUUGUUUUAAACUGAGAGGACAUGCACCUGAACAAUGAAAUACAGAAAUACUCUCUGUCGGCCACUUGUAUUACAAACACCUGAGGUGUUUGAUGUAACAUCUGAGGUGCUAGCUAAAAGGGGAAAUUCAGUAUUUUACAACUUUAUGUUAGAUGGUUCCUCACUCUGAAAGUAGUCUAUUGGCUACAAUAAACUGUAGUCCAUGGCUUUAAACAACCACUACAAACAUCAGCUCACUUGCAAGCUAAAAAUCAAUGGGAGUUAUGGGCAACAGUUUAAUUUAGAUUGAGGAACCAUGCAUCUUACAUUAAUUUAUAAAAUACUGAACUUCCCCUUUAACACCGUUAAGCCUGUUAGAAACAAUUAUGCGAUAUUACUCAACAAUGUUUUCUAAAUCAACUUCUUAUUCCCUCAUUUAGCUACCUUUGGAUUUGAAUCCGGCAGAGACAUUUGGAUUAGUGGGGAGAACUAUAGAAGAUGUAUUACCUUUGAUUGAUGAGGUUGGUGUGUUAGUUAUUUACCAUCUGAAAGGAUAGUGGGCCUACAUGGAAAUCUAAUACCAUUCAGUAUUAGUCUCUGUUGAAAACACUUGUGUCGCCCAGUAACCCCUAUAUGACUCAUUGUAAUCAAUAACAAUAAUGGAAAUAUGAAGUCUAUUGAGAAAUUGCAUGAAAAUGGAUAGUAUCAUAUCAAUUUGUUGUCUUGAAGUCAAUAAAUUAAGUACUAUACUGUCAUUUUCUGAUAAUUUGUUGUUGUAAUAACACCCCCCACCAAUACAGAUGAACAAGUUGCAGAACUCAAUGUUGUUCAAGUCGGCUAACACGCUGGAUUUCAGAGCGGACGCGUUUGGUAGUCUGAACAUGCUACUAUGUGGCAAAGCUCCAGACCCAAACUCCACAAAUACUACCAUCAAUUUCCCUGCUUCUGGAGCGAUAACGAAUGACACAGGAAACAGUCAAUCACUGGACAACACCAGGAACCGCAGUUCCAGUAAGUAUUGUUAAUAGUGCACAAUACCUUGACCUAUCGAAAUACUGAAUUCAAUUGUUGAUAUUUCAGAAAACAAGUACUGUCAUUCAAGGUAAGAGUUUUGGUGUUGUUCUCUAGUGGAUGACACACUAUGAAGCAGACACAACAUGUUAUAUAUUUGUGACACUAAAUGCUUCUUAUAUUUUUGUUUGAUACCGUUUAUUGUAUUGUCGUAUAGUCACAUCCCAGCAAACCACAAUUGGUUCUGUGAAAGUUCCCAGAACAUUUUAUUAAAUUGUGGGAAAGGUGUAAGAAACAUUCCCUCCAAAAGUUUUAAUAACACAACAUCUGUCCAGUUGUGUUGACAAUUACACAAUGUUUGUAUUAGGGUGCAAAAAACAUUCCUCUGAUGUUAACGAUAAUGUUAACGGAACGUAUUUUUUUAUGUACUUUAAAAGAUCCCGAAACAUUCCAUUAGGUUGUGGGAACAGUGUGGGGACAAUGCAAAAACUAGGUUAACAAAACACAAAAUAGUUGAUGACCUUCAUACAAUGUUUGUAUCAGGGUGCACAAAACUUUCCCUCAAUGUUCUUACAAUGUUAGUCCUAUUCUCCUAGAAUGAUAAAGAUAACUUUUGAACAGUCCAUGGAGGUUUCUUCCAUGUGUAAAUUAUAUUUUACUGUUACAGAAUUUUGUUUUACAACUGUUCAUGUAGAAACACAUUUGGCAAUUGUGAUAUUUAUAGCCAUUUUGAACAUUUGAAAUAAUGAUAUAUUGUAGAUCCAUUGAUUCUUGAAGAAUAUUAAGCCUUGAAAUAGCGUAUAAAAAUUGUGAAAAGGGUUCUUCGAUCAGUUCUGUCAAACAGCUAGCCAUAUUGUGUAAUGUAUACACAGCACAGACAUUUACACAUGUUCAGAAAUGACAUUCAUGAAUGCUUCAAAGGUCACACUUGUCAAGUGGAAUAUGUAUGAUUCCUGUGAACACUGAAGUAUUGUUCGAAAAAAUAGGCUUCAGUAGGCUUCCUCCAAUGACAAUAAAUCAAUUUAGUACAACAGUUUCCUGCUAGGCAUACACAUGCAGUUGCUUAUCCCAACGACAUGAAAUAAAUAUGUAGCCCGUUUCUUGGGUUUCAUGCUUUAAAAUGCAGCAGAGCCCUUGUCUGUUCUACUUGACAGGUAGGCGGAUGCUAAGCUGUUUAUUGAUUUCUUCAUAGAGUGCAAAUGUUUUCUAAGGUCAGAAGACGCCAAACUAAAAACCCAAAGAGUCAGAGGUCAGAGGUCAUUCAAUUCAAUAUUCAUCAAUAAUAAAUAAGCAGUUUCUGUCUAAAGAGACAAGACUAACAAGGAAAUAUAUGAACUAACAGUACAGGUAGAUAGCAAUAAAAAACAAUACUACAGAGAUAGAAAAUAAGUUAGAGGAAAAACAAAAAGAACUGGAGGAACUUAUUCAAGAACAAUCUAAUGUAAUCUAUUACAAAAAUGAGUAUGGAGAAAAAUGCAACAAAUUCUUCCUGAAUCUCCAACACAGGAACGCUACCAAAAAAAAUUAGCAGAAACUCGUUACUAAAGACGGAGUCAUCUAUGAUUCUCCAAAUAAUAUUUUAAAAGAGGAAGCUAAAUAUGUUUAGCAGAUGUUUUAUUUUUGUUCUCAUCCUCACCCUCUGAAUGACGAUUACUGUGUGGAAUUAUUUCCAAAUAAUUUAAAAAACUGAAAAUUAACAAAUGUACAGAAAGAUCAGUGCGAAGGCCAAAUUACAGAGGAAUAACUUUUUGAUGCUAUUAAAUCCUUUCAGUCUGGAAAAACCCCAGGGCUUGAUGGCCUUUUUUGAUAUAUUCAAAGAUCUAUUGUUAGCUUGUUUUAACGACUCCUAUAUAAAUGGUAGUCUGUCAGGUACUCAGCAGGAAGGUCUGAUUUCACUAUUAUUAAAACAAGACCCAGAUGGCAAAUUUAAAGAUCCAGUCUAUCUAAAAAAACUAGAGGCCUCUUACACUUCAAUGUUGUGAUGCAAAAAUACUAGUGAAAUGCAUAGCACUCAGAAUUAACAAGGUUUUACCAGGUAUUGUUCAUCCUGAUCAGACAGGUUUUUUUACAUGGACGAUACAUUGGAGAUAAUAUAUGACAACUACUAGAAAUAAUAGAACAACAUGAAAGAAGCCAGGCCUGCUAAUACAGCGGAUUUUGAAAAGGCCUUUGAUAAUCGUUGGAUUGUAUUUUAUUUAUAAAUGCCUGGAUUUUUUCAAUUUCGGUGAUUCUCUUAUAAAAUGGGUAAAAGUAAUGUAUAGGAACCCCAGGUGUAAAAUAGUAAAUAGUGGCUACUUCUCAGAGUUUUGAAUUGUCAAGAGGAGUUAAACAAGGGUGUCCGCUGUCACCAUUUCUAUUCGUUAUGGCCAUCGAAAUGCUAGCUAUUAAAUACAGAUCAAAUAACAACAUUAUAGGAUUAGAAAUCCAAGGCUUAAAAACAAAGGUGUCCAUGUGUGCCGACGACUCAAGUUUUAUAUUAAGUCCGCAAGCUAGAUCCCUGCAAUGUCUCAUUGAAGAUCUAGAUAACUUUUCUGGACUCUCUGGACUAAAAUCUAAUUAUGAUAAGUGUACAAUAUUACGCAUUGGAUCUUUAAAAAAUACAACUUUUACAUUACCCUGCAGUUUACCUAUAAAACGGGCUGACGGUGAAGUAGACAUACUUGGUAUUCAUAUCACAAAAUAUAUAAAUGAACUCUCCACUAUGAAUUUCAAUAUAAAACAAGAUCCUGCAACAAUGGAGAGGUAAAUACCUGUCUAUUUAUGGAAAAAUUGUCCUGAUUAACUCCUUAGUCAUAGCAGUUUACGCACUUACUUAUGGCCCUGCCUACUCCUGAUGAUUCGUUUUUCAAAUCAUAUGAGCAAAAAAUAUUUUGCUUAAUCUGGGAUGCUAAACCAGACAAGAGAAAGCGUGCCUAUCUUUUCUCAAAGUAUCGCUCUUUUUCAAAUAAGCAUUGCAGAGCUGGCUACAAUUUCAAGUUCAUCCCCCUGAAAAGAUAGAACAUAUAUUACAACAAAUAAUUUGGCUGAACUCAAAUAUGCUGGUUGAUAAAAGACCUGUAUUUAUGAAAAGGGUAUUUUGUUUUCAAAUGAUAUUGUAAAUUGGAAUGGGAGAGUUAUGUCUUUCAUGGAGUUAUCAGAAUUGUAUGGGAUGGUCUGCUCAAUCCAAGAUUACAACCAAUUGAUUACAGCAUUACCCCAAAAAUGAAUGGAGGCAGGUGGCAGCGGGAGGAGGUAGGGAACUGGUCUGUCUGCCCAAUAUAAAGGAUCAAAACUGGCGGAGGAAUAAAAAUAGCAUAAAUAGGAAAGUAUACCAGUUUCAUUUGAGGACCAGGAUGUUGACAGCUGUGCCAUACAGAUUGAAAAAUAGUUGGGAAGAGAGUUUUGAUGUACCGAUGCCAUGGUACAGGGUGUAUGAGUUGAUAUAUAAAACAACGCAAGAUUCAAGACUUUGUGCUUUUCAGCUAAAAUUAUUGUAUAGAAUUCUUGAAUAUUUGCGGCAUACAAUGAUCGCAGCUCUGCAGAUUUUGAUGUGAGGAUACAGAAUCAAUAGACCAUUUGUUUUGGUAUUGCCCUCAGGUAGCCUGUUUCUGGUCUCAGGGUCAGGAAUGGCUGAAAAUGAAUAACAUUGAUCUAAAAUUGAACCUAGAAUAGUAUUGUUGGGAGAUCUGGAGAGACUGUGUCAGUCAAUUACUAUACUAAUACUCUUAGUAAAAGUAUUUAACUUCAACUCGCAAUCUGUGGAUUCUAUUUGAUUAGAUAGAUUCAAAUUGUAUGUUAAACAUCACAGUAUAGUUGAAAGAUAUAUGGUGCAUAGAAAUCUGAAGAGGGUGGCCAGCAGAAAUAGGUGGGAUGGGUUGGGAUGUGGAAUUGGAGACAAGUGGGAGAGGAGUUGCUGGGCGGGGGAUAGAAUGACGGUCAAAGAUAAAGGUAAAAUAAUAAAGUCAAAAUAAAACAUAACAAAAAGUAAAUUUGAAUGACACUGAGAGCCAGUGUUGUUUCAGCUAAUGCCUGUUUGCCUGAGGCUGAUGCCGUGAAGGUGUUUGUACACAUGCAUAUACACACACUCUCAUUCAAAUUCACACACGUACACAUACAUGGACACACACACACACACACACACACACGCACACACACACACGCACACACACACACACACACACACACAUGUAAAUAGUUCCAUACAUGCACUCAAACUAUUCAGUUGGCCUUGCUGUUAUGAUUUUUUUGUCCUUGAUGUCUUUUGUUUUUUGCAUUGUUGUUUUCUGUUGUUUAUCUCUUUUGUUCAUUUUGUUGGUUGUUGGUGCAUUGAAGGGGGGGGCUUGGGGGGGGGGGGGGAUCUUGGUGGCCUGGCGGUUGGGAGCUUGGGCCGGUGGCUGAUGGGUCGCUGGUUCAGGUCCCCGUUUUUGACCUUGUGGAAGAUCUGUCGACGUGCCCUUGAGCAGGGCGUUAACCCUGGUUGCUUCUGUGGGUCGCUCUGGAUGGGAGUCUGUUAGAUAACUAAUGUGAUGUAGAUGUUGAGCGGCUUCACUGCAAGUAGAUUGUAUGUUUUAAAUAUUCCAAAAAAGAAAGAAAAAAAAAGAAGACAAAAAACAGAGUCUUAAACCUUAUCAGGGGUCUGACCUGUCAAAUCAACCUAUUUAUUUACAGUGCCGAGUUCCUCAUUACACAAAUGUUUGUCCCUCUGCUUACCACCGAUUGCAAUUUCUCAAGUGUAAUGUCUAUGGAAUUAUACUAAUUAGGGGCUGCGCUAUCCUAGUCCAUUAAUUGCCUAUUCGUUUGAGGAUCCACAGAAAAAAAUGAAAGAUUUUAAUAAGCUUGGCUCUUCCCGGGAAUAAAGUUACACUCUAAAGUGGAUUUGUGUGCUGGUGCCACUACAAAUUAGUAAAACAAUGCAGCAGCCAUUUGAAAUGAGCGCAAACACCUCUGCCGGCAUGCUAAUAGCUUUUCUUGCUUAUUUUUAUUGUUAUGUAAAGUAAAUGGGUAUGGGAUUGAACAUUUGCAAGGCUCCAAGUGUACUCUGAGGAAUAUUAAAAUAGCAACAAUAAAGGCUAGAAAAGACAUUUGGUAAUUACUCCAUUUUGUUAUCCCUCCCAAAUUAAUUCAUGAUGGCAUUCGGCAUCAUCCAAUAGCAUCAUUAAAGAAAAUAACAGUGUAGUAAACUGCUUUCCUUGGCAGUAAACAGUAUUUUUGUUUAAAAGAUUCUUCCACAAUGAGAUUAGCCCUUUCGAUCGAUCGUUUACACCCCCCACUGUGCUGGGGAAUCACAUAUCUAUUCAUUCGUAGAAGAAAAUGUGUGUAGGCCAUUGAAAUGUUUGAUUGAUAAAGCCUAUAUAAUACAGAAUGACACAUUCAUUUAACUGUUUUAUAUUUGCUGGUGUAGUUUUGCACAGGGAGGCUCCUUCUGUGAACUGACAUGAUUGUAAAAUAUUGAUUCGUUUGAUGUUGUAGUUGCAGUACAGUUGCAGUGGAGCAUUGUUUGUGCGUGUGUGUGCGUCUCCAUGUGUGUGUCCGCACAAAUAUUAUGUGUGAGUGACAAAAGGAAUAUUGUCUGUCUUUCGCGUAAGAGAAAUUCCUGUUUGAAUGACACAUAUUCUGGAGAGUUCUAUUUCAAUAUUGGAUGCAAGAGAUGUUUGUUUGCGAACAAGAGAAGCGGUGCAGUCUGAGUGAGUGUGUGUUAGCCCAGUUAUGUAGGUGUGUGACUGACUGUGUGUGUGUGUGAAAGUUGUCUUGUUUCUGCACUGUGUCGAGUUGAUCCACUCUCCAGGGUACAACUCAAAUUGAUUAAAUUUGCUAGGUAAGAUGAGGGGCUGCCUAAAGGCUCUAAGCAAUUACUUGGCUGCAGCUCCCUGUGUAAAAUAUGGAUUCAGUUCCUCACCGCCACCAUUGUGUGAUAAAUCGGACACCUUUGGUCAGAAUACGAUGAUGCGUCACAGUUUUGGGGGAGAUAAAUAUUCAAACGAAUAAGAAUGGGCGGAAGAGAUUCAUCCUGAUGUCAAUAUUUAUUGGACGGAGAGCUACGUGCUAUGUGUCCCUGUGUACUUCCUGUCUAAGCGAUGUGAUUAUAGGAAAUGACAUCUGUGUGGUCGGGGGAAACAGCUGGCUGGAGUGAGGGCGGCCAUUAGCUCUUGACAGAGUCUCCCCGGAGCACCUGAGUAGGGAUGGCCGCAAGGCAAAAGGCUAACGUUUAUCGCACUUCCUGCACUGCAAAUGGCCACUAAAAUCUUUGACGGGGGGAUAGGUAGCCAUCUGUGAAGGGAGCAUUGUGGUAGAGGAGGUGGAACAGUCUUUUGGGUCGCGCUGACGAGCCAAGUGUAGACAUACGCACCUAAGCCCAGACAGACGGACAAACAGAAACACAGAGAAGGACAGACCGUUAGACAAAGACACAGUGACACAGACAGACCACAUAGAAGAACAGAGCGACGUUGAAAGACAGACAGACGGACGGACAGACCACCAUCAGCGAAGGACAGCCAGCCAGGCUGCCAUACAGACAGACAGACAGACCGAUACACAGAGAUGCUGAACAAGACAGACAGACACAUCCGCAUACCCCUAGAGAAACACACACAAGUGAAGGUUGCAGCACCUGUCACCGUGCUGUUCCCUUACAUCUAUGUCUCUGCGUAACCUACACAGCGCUCCAACCGACCUGGCAGUAUUCACAUAGGCAGAUUGGAUAAAUGAAUAAUGAUCCCGCUGCAGCUGAACAUAUUGACUUGUUUUCUCCCUCCGUGUUGAGCACCCUACACCUCCUAUGUAUUCAGCUAGACUACUGUACAAAUGUCUUCCUCCAUUCCUUCCUCUCCCCCCAGACAUUGUGUUAUUAGGUACACAUUAAUGGAGUCGUUCAGAGUCUUUGAAGUGUGGUAAUUGCAUUAAAUCCUCUGCAUAGUGAAAAGUGGAAACUUGACCGGUUGUGACAUAUCGCCCACUACUUCUAUUACUAAGACUACGUUUAUUAUCUCAACAGUGACGUGCCGGUUUGUUGUGAUCGCCAGAAAUCAUUUCUCGCGAUCUUUGUAAUUGUACUCUGUGGUUCAUCCUUUAUGUUCAGCAUUCAGAUUUUCCUCUCUCUCAAUUUGCGUCCCAGAUGGCACCCUAUUCCCUAUAUAGUGCAAUACUUUUUACUAGGGCUCUGGUGCACUAUAGGGAAUAGGGUGCCAUUUGGAACGGAACGUUCAUUUUACAUGUCUAACCCUGAAACACAACAGAUGAACAAACUUGCAUUUUGAUGGUAACUUUGAUGGUAACAGAUGGAUAAAAUGUGAUGCCAACAUAAAAUGUUUUUCAUGUUUGUUAUUAUCAAGACAUUAUUCAUUUAUCUUGUGUCGUAUUGAGCAGUUUGGCCCAUGAAGUCGUUCAGACAGACUGCAUUUCUCAAUUUUGAAGUUGUGAACAGGUGUAUUCUCUCUCACCAGGUGGUGUCUUCUGCAAAAAACUGAUUGUCACUCUUGAGGGAACUCCUGGCCUACGUGUUGUCUGGCGUACGUUUCGGCCCCUCAUCCAAGGGAAGGUCCUCUACACUCCUGACACACCUGCCACUCGACUAAUGGUGAAAAAG